UCCUCUCUCACUUCGGGAGGGAACACUUCAGCUCGGGCAGGCGGCCGGGUCGCAGCGUUACACAAACUCUCCAAGAGACUUGCUAUCAAAAGAAGAAGAAGAGAAAAAAAAAAAACAUUGGAAGGGCCAGCGUAGGAGUUAUAAGUGUUUGCUUCUAAAAAAGGGGAAUGAAUCUCUUUUCACUUGAAGUUGUUUGCACCAUAACCGGUUUUGAGGAGGAGGCGGCGAGGCGCGGAUCAGCAGCAGCAGCAGCAGCAGCAGCAGCAGCUAAACUCCCAAUGCGCCCCGAGUAGAGCACCGGAGACAAUACACACCCACGGUCCUCCCCUGGACCCUCUCUAUCCCCCCCAAAACCGGCUCCGGGGUGGCCUUCAUUUCACCCGUCACCGAUUUACCACAUAGUUGAAAGAAAAUUGACUUCACAGCGAAGAGCAAGUGGUUUUGAUCUCCAAACUCAGCCAUGACGUCUCCAGCGAAAUUCCGAAAGGACAAGGAGAUCGUGGCCGAAUAUGAAACUCAAGUUAAAGAGAUCCGUGCCCAGUUGGUGGAGCAGCUCAAGUGUCUGGACCAGCAGUGCGAGCUGAGGGUGCAGCUGCUUCAGGACCUGCAGGACUUCUUCAGGAAGAAGGCUGAAAUUGAGAUGGACUACAGCCGUAACCUGGAGAAGCUGACCGAGAGGUUCCUCACGAAGACGCGCAGCACCAAGGACCAUCUACUCAAGAAGGAGCAGAGCAUUUUAUCCCCGGUGAACUGCUGGAACCUGCUGCUGCUCCAGGUGAAGAGGGAGAGCCGUGACCACGCCACUCUGUCCGACCUCUACCUCAACAACAUCAUUCCUCGGUUUGCACAGAUCAGCGAGGACUCGGGACGCCUCUUCAAGAAGAGCAAAGAGAUCGGAGUGCAGCUGCAGGAGGACCUCAUGAAAGUUCUUAAUGAGCUUUACACGGUGAUGAAGACGUACCACAUGUACAACACUGACAGCAUGAACGCCGAGUCCAAGCUGAAGGACGCAGAGAAGCAGGAGGAGAAGCAGAUGGGCCGCUCCAGCCGGCAGGAAGACCGCCAGACGCCGCGCUCCCCCGACACCCUGGCCAGCAUCAAGACGGACGAGAAGCCUGUUCGGCGCUCCAGUGUGAAAAAAAUCGAGAAGAUGAAGGAGAAGAGGCAAGCCAAGUACACGGAGAACAAACUGAAGGCCAUCAAAGCCAGGAAUGAGUACCUGCUGGCGCUCGAGGCCACCAAUGGCUGCGUCUUUAAAUACUACAUCCACGACCUCUCCGACAUCAUAGACUGCUGUGACCUGGGCUACCACGCCAGCCUGCACCGGGCCCUCAGGACCUACUUAUCUGCAGAGCUUAACGUGGAGUCGUCUAAACACACCAGCCUGGAGACGCUGGAGGGAGCGGCGGAGAGUCUGGAGCCCAACGGGGACAAACAGAAGCUGAUGGAGACCUACAACAACGUCUUCUGCCCACCGGCUCGCUUCGACUUCCAGUCCCACAUGGGCGACACGAUGGGAAUGAUGUGCGCACAACAACCGCUGGAUACUGAACUGCUGCAGAGGUGUCAGCAGCUGCAGCUACGCCUCUCCACUCUUAAGAUCGAGAACGAAGAGGUGAAGAAGACCAUGGAGGCCACUCUGUCCACCAUCCAGGACAUGGUGACGGUGGAGGACUACGACGUGUCCGAGUGCUUCCACCACAGCAACAGCAUGGAGUCCGUAAAGUCCACCUUCAGUGAAUCCUAUCUGAGCAAACCCAGUCUGGCCAAAAGGCGCGCCAAUCAGCAGGAGACCGAGCAGUUUUACUUCACGAAGCAGAAGGAGUAUCUGGAAGGGCGGAGCCUAAUCACCAAGCUGGAGGCCAAGUUUGACCUCAUUGAGAAGACCCUGGGAGAAAGUCAAAAAAGUGACUGUUGCCUUGCCAGUGGAAGGAGAAACUCUACAGUUCGGAAGCAGGACUCAGGUGAAGCCAUCCCUCUAAUGGUCGAGAGCUGCAUCCGCUUCAUCAGUCGCCAUGGCCUGCAGCAUGAGGGCAUCUUCAGAGUGUCGGGCUCUCAGGUGGAAGUCAAUGACAUCAAGAAUGCCUUUGAGAGAGGUGAGGACCCACUGGCAGGGGAUCAAAAUGACCACGACAUGGACUCUAUCGCUGGUGUCUUGAAGCUCUACUUUAGAGGGCUGGACCAUGCCCUCUUCCCUAAAGAAGUCUUCCAUGAUCUAAUUUCCUGUGUUUCGAUGGAGAGCCUCCAGGAGAGGGCUGUUCACAUCAAGAAAGUCCUGCAGUCCCUGCCAAGUAAAACCCUCAUCAUCAUGAGAUACCUGUUUGGCUUCCUCCACCACCUAUCAGAGUACAGCGAGGACAACAUGAUGGACCCCUACAAUCUGGCCAUCUGCUUUGGCCCCACCCUCAUGUCUGUACCUGAGGGCAACGACCAGGUGUCUUGCCAGGCUCAUGUGAAUGAACUCAUCAAAACCAUCAUCAUCCACCACGACAGCAUAUUUCCCGGGCUACCGGACCUGCAGGGCCCCAUAUACUCCAUCCCUGGAGCAGGAGACGACUUCUGCGACAGUCCUCACUGUGAGCCCCCCCUGGUGGAGGAGCCGGCGCCCGACACCGUGUCCGUCAGCCACAACAGUGAAGAUGGCUCCCUGGCUGUUUCAGAGUCCGAGCCGAUGGAAGCCGUCGCGCGGUUCGACUACACGGGCCGGACCAGUCGGGAGCUGUCGUUCAAAAAGGGCGCGUCCCUGCUGCUGUUCCAGCGAGCCUCCGAAGACUGGUGGGAAGGACGGCACAACGGGGUGGACGGACUGGUGCCACACCAGUACAUCGUGGUGCAAGACAUACCUGAUGUUGGACGGGGAAGUCCAAAGCCCGACCUGGACAGCAGGGACCUGCUGGAGGAGCGGGUGUCGACUAGAGGCAGCGUCGCCUCGCCCACAGGACCUCACGUGGCCGACAUCUAUCUGGCCAACCUUAAUAAGAUGAGGAAACGGCCCGACCCCGGCAACAUGCGGAGACCGUUUCGCUCAGAGAGCGACACUACGAGUCCAGGCACCAGCGGCGGUGGAGGAGGAGUGAGGACAGCUUCCCUCCCUGUCGGCGGGGCUCUGGUGAAAGACACGGGAGAAAAACGCCCCAUAAGUGCUCACAGCAUCCUCAACUCGGUCACUCGCCACUCCUCACUCAAGACGAAGGUGGAGAGCCCACAGUUACGGAAGUCGACUCCAGCGGGACGAUCCAAGAGUUUCAGCAACCACAGACCACUGGACCCCGAGGUCAUCGCCCAGGUGGAGCUCAGCUCACAGGACAUGCACGACUCCGCGCUGACUGAGCUCACUAAGUUGGAAAGACAAAGCACCUCCAAACAUACACACACCCCCGACGUGGUGCUGGACACGCUGGAGCAGCUGAAGGGCAUGAGCGGCGGUGGCGGUGGAGGGGGAGGGGGCGCUUCAGAGCCAUCCAGUCCGCUGCACUCCCGCCUGCUGCGGGACGGCGAGGGGGGCUCCUCGCACGCCCACCCCCUCCAGCGCAGCGCCUCCUCGGCCAGCGACGUGCCCUCCUCCUUCCGGCCCACCAAGAGCCAGCCGCGGAGCCCCCUGCCCUCCGCCACCUCCCCCUCUCUGUCCUCCUCUGCCCUGUCCUCCUCCGUGCCCUCCUUCAGAGAGCUGCGGCCCCCGGCCACCAGACCCAAGCCGGUGGUGUUCCCCAAAGGCGGAGGAGGGAGUGGCAGUCCAGCGAUGGGCUCCCCGACCUCCACCGUGCCCCCGACGCCCCCUCCUCCUCCCCCUGGAGGCCACACACACUCACUCCCUCAUACGCCUCCUCCCCCGCCCCCGCCGCAGUCUAACGACAAAUCAUGUCCAGCCUAAGACCUCUCAAUCUUUAACUGCAAAAAAGUAGUUUAACAAACUUUUAGUUUUAGUUUAGUUUUUUUUUUUUCACAGCUUUUCUGCCAGGUGCCAAAAGCUCUUUGUUUCACGCAGGAGCCCCGACUCUCUACUUGCAUGUAGCAUUCACGUUUGGUGUCCAGACAAAAGUCUUAAAAUGCCACUGUUCUCAAGUGUCAAAGAGGCUUCCCUCUCCUAGCAGCUCCACUUGAUCACAGGGCGCCUUUGGUGUGGGAGGAAAGACUUUUCAGAAGGAAACGUGGUUCUUUUUCCUGCCAGCACGGCGACUGCAGCGGCGGCUGGACGUUUGGACAAGGGAACCAGAUUCAGGGUGGACACCGACAGAUCUACGGCACCUGGAGCCUGCGUACUCUAGUUUGUGACAUGUGGAGUUGUGUUUGAGUGGGCGUGCAAGAGUGAUACUCGCCUUCACAAACAGAUCUACGUAAGAAAUGAAAAGCACUGUUUUAUUUUUUUUAUUUUUUUUUGUGUAGCCGACAUGGCAGGGUUUGUUUCGUUUUUUUUGUUUUUUUUUGAUAACCCUGACUAUUCAAUCGGAUGGGAGCAUUUGAUUUUCUAAGGAAAAACACUUUGUAGAAGUGAAACACACUGACUUGCUGCUUCAGUAAUAAAAGGAAGAAAACUGGGCCAAAUAUCAGUGUAAGUCAUGUGAUCUGGAGCUUAUACUUUAUAUCUUCCUCAAGUCUUUGAUUAUUUUUUUUUCUUUUUCUUUCUUUUUGUUGUUGUUGUUCAAUACUAGUACCACAACAGGAGCAUAACAUAAUAUGUACCUAACUUGGGCAACAGUUGUUCUAAAUCUAUAUAAAGCAAUAAAACAGUGAGAGCUGGCCGUGUGUGGCAUUAUGCUGCUUCUGUCCUGCAGCUUUGCUACGCGUGUAGGAGACCGGUGAAACCCAGCAUUUUUAUAUGUCAUGAUAAACUGCGCGCACACGUGCACAUUCUUUUUCAAAAUGUGUGUGUGGUGGUGUUUUGUGGCAGCUAAACGCCUUUCAGGUUUUCCUCGCAUGCUGGGGCCACACAGAGCAGUCACGACGGCGGCCUGGCUGAUCGCAUCACUUCGUGUCUGCAUUACCAGCUAUGAAACGACGUCAAACACACAUGUUGCUCCCUUUUAACUAUAUACUCCAUGAUUCACAGUAGAAAAAAAAAGGGUUUAAUUAUUCUAAUACCGUGUAUGUAUAUUUAAUAAUCAUGAUAAUAACUGGAAGCAUGUAGCUGAGGAUCCUCCUGAGUGUGUGUAGAUAAAAGCACAACCAACCACCUCAUAUAAUGUGUUCUUAAGCAAAGUUUUGUUUUAUUAUGUUAUUUCCAGUCAAUUCCCAUGUAAUGCCCACAGUCUGUUAUGGUUAAAAAAAAAAACAGAAAAACAAACGUUUGUAUCCGUCUGUAUGCAUGUGUGUGUGCAUGCAUGGAUAGAGAGUGUGUAUGCACCUCAUCACACCCCUGCCUGAGCAUCAAUUGGAGUCCACCUUAUGACAACUGUAUGGACACGCACGGGGAAAAAGACCCUUACACAUCCAGCAGCCGUAGUACUGAAAUCAAUAUGCACUGUGCACGUGUUAUUAGAUUUAAAUAAAGAGAAAAUAAAAGAAGAAAAACCCUGCAGGGACAUCAGAGAUUUUCCUCUUCGGUCAUUGUUUUGACAACACAAGUGGGAGACUAGCUUUUCAAGAUGAGAAAACUCAAACUUUAAGAACUUUUUUUUUUAGGUUUGACAAUGUUGCAUUUUAUUUGAAAAAGUAAAACUGGUCAUGAAUUAAGGCGUAUGUGAAGAAUUUUGCAAACACUUAUACUUAGAAGUGGACACUUGCCAUUUUGCCAUUUUUCUUUCUUUGUAUUUUACCUACGGUAUUUUGAAAAAGUACCCAACUCUCUUUCCAGCGGUGUCUGAUCUCGUCUGUGCCCUUCUCCCGGAUAUACAGCACACUCUGCAUUCCUGUAAUGAACUGUAAUUGUCAAGUUUCUUUUGUGCAUACCUGGUGUAUUCGUGUUGCUCUUUACCUCAUCGUGACAACUGGAGGGGACGGCGUGUGCUCGUGCGCGAUGCAGAAACACACGUACAGACAUGCAUGUGAGUGACUGGCGCGCUUUGUCCCGGCUGUGCUGUCUGAAGGAGCUGGGAACUUCUCCGAUCUCAAAUCAGCGACUGUGCACUUGAACAACUUGGCUUGCAUGUGGACUAACUGCGUGGGGAUGAUGUGUUGGAGUUGAAUAUUGUUGAAUAAGCAUUUUUGUGUCCAUUUGAAAACAGCGGAACUAAAAAAAAAAAAAUGGCUAUAAUGUCAAAUCUAUUUAUAGUUGUCUCUGUAUUACUGGAGAAUUAUGUGUUCAGAUGUACUUUGUAUAUACAAUGUUGUACAUUGCAGAGGUACACUUUUUUUGGUACAGUAUUGUACAGUAAUAGCAAUAGUAGUUUAAUCAAAUAGGCCUUAUAUAAUUCUGUGUAGUUCUUGUAGUGGAUCUGUUUUUUAAUAAACACGGCUUGCUAUAAAGACUCUUGAUCUGUUUAAGACAAUAAACACAAAGCAUUGCAGUUACUGUACAUGUGGCAUUAAGUUUAAGUAUGAAGUUUUAGUCACACAAACACAGAGAACCAUGUUCACUUGUACAUAUAGCUAAAAGUUAACAGUGUGGGAGGUCUCCGGAGAAGCUAUUGAAAGCUUAUC